AUGGCCAACGGCUCUGCCGGAACCUGGUUCCUGCUCGGUGGGUUUUCUGAGGUGCGGGAGUUGCAGCUCUUGCAGGCAACGCUGUUCCUGGUAGUCUACCUGGCGGCCCUGAUGGGGAACCUCCUCCUCCUCACCGUCAUCACUCUCCACCGGGGCCUCCACACUCCCAUGUACUUCUUCCUGAAGAACCUGUCCUUCUUAGACAUCUGCUACAUCUCCGUCACCGUCCCCAGAUCCAUCUUUGGCUCCCUGACCGGGGACGGUUCCAUCUCCUUCCUCGGGUGCGUCACCCAGGUCUGCCUGUUCGUCUGGCUGGCGGACACCGAAGUGGCCCUGCUCACGGCCAUGGCGUUGGAUCACUAUGUCGCCAUCUGCCAUCCUCUUCGCUACGAGGUCAUCGUGACCGGGACGGCCUGCAUCCAGACGGCAGCCGCCUCGUGGCUCGGCGGGGGCCUCUCCGCCAUCGCUCACGUCACGACAACCUUCUCCGUCCCCCUCUGCGGCCCCCACGUCAUCCACCAGUUCUUCUGUGACAUCCCCUCGCUGCUCCAUCUCUCCUGCUCUCGCUUUAACCUUGGCGAACUGGUGCUCGUGGCCUCCAGCUGCAUCCUGGGCCUGGGCUGUUUCUCUCUCGUGGUCGCCUCUUACGUCCGCAUCUUCUCCGCCGUGCUGAGGGCCCCGUCCGCCCAGGGCCGGUCGAAAGCUUUCUCCACCUGCCUCCCUCAUCUCACCGUGGUCUCUCUCUUCUUUUCCACGGCUGCCUUUGCCAAUCUCAGCCCGGCACCCCGCUCCUCGUCGGUUCUCCACCUGAUCCUGACCGGCUUUUACACCGUCCUGCCGCCGGCCCUGAAUCCCGUCAUCUACAGCUUGAGAAACCGAGAGGUGAAGGCCGGUCUGAAACACAUCCUCCGGGCAGCGUGUUUGCGCAUCCAAUACCAUGCGUAG